GCUGCGGCGGGAGGCGGCGGCAUGGCCCCGGGGUGUCGGGGGGUCCCUGCCCUGCUGGUGCUGUGUGCGGUGGCCUGGAGCUGUGCCAGGGGCCUGGAGGAGGACCAGCCCUUCCGGGUGCCCCCCGGCUGGAGCCAUGUGGGCGCCGUGAGCCCUGGGCAGAACCUGCAGCUGACCUUCGCCCUGCGCCAGCGUGGCCUGGGGCGCCUGGCACAGCUCGUUGAUGCCAUCUCAGACCCCCGCUCACCACAAUAUGGCAAGUUCCUGACGCUGGAGCAGCUGCGGGACCUGGUGCAGCCCUCCCCAGGCACGCUGCUGACGGUGCUGAAGUGGCUGCGGGGCCAUGGCGUGGAGCAGUGCCACAGUGUCACCACCCUGGACUUCCUGGAGUGCCACAUGCCAGCCAGCACGGCCGAGCGGCUGCUGCCCGGUGCCCGCUUCCAGCGCUAUGUGAAGGGGCAGCUCAGUGCCGUGCGCUCCCCAGUGCCCUACACCGUGCCUGAGGAGCUGGCACCGCACCUGGACUUCGUGGGAGGCCUGCACCGGUUCCCGGCGGAGCGGAAGGAGGUGGCACGAGCCUGGGCCGGGCAGGACGCAGGGCAGCGGCGCCAGGGCAGCUUCCACCUGGGCGUGACCCCAGCGGUGCUGCGGCAGAGAUACAACCUGAGUGCCACCGACGUGGGGCAGCUGCCCAACAACAGCCAGGCCUGUGCCCAGUUCCUGGAGCAGUACUUCCACCAGGCUGACCUGGCAGAGUUCAUGCAGCUCUUCGGCCGCGGCUUCGCUCACCGCACGCAGGUCGACCGUGUGGUCGGGCACCAGGGCCGGGGCAAGGCCGGGCUGGAGGCCAGCCUGGACGUGGAGUACAUCAUGAGCACAGGAGCCAACAUCUCCACCUGGGUCUUCAGCAACGCAGGGAGGCACGAGAGCCAGGAGCCCUUCCUGGCCUGGCUGGUGCUGCUGAGCAACAUGAGCUGGGUGCCCUGGGUGCACUCCGUCAGCUAUGGGGACGAUGAGGACAGCCUCUCCCUGCCCUACCUGCACAGGGUCAACGCAGAGCUGAUGAAGGCAGCUGCCCGCGGCCUCUCCGUGCUCUUCGCAUCAGGUGACGAUGGCGCUGGCUGCAGGAGGGUCUCUGGUGGCAACCACACUUUCCGGCCCAGCUUCCCAGCCUCCAGCCCCUACGUCACCACAGUGGGGGGCACCUCCUUCAAGAACCCCUUCCUGGUGACCACCGAGGUGAGCGACUACAUCAGCGGAGGAGGCUUCAGCAAUGUCUUCCCCAUGCCCAGCUACCAGGCGGCAGCAGUCGGUCGGUUCCUGCGCCAGGCGCCCAAGCUGCCCCCCAGCUCCUACUUCAACGGCAGUGGCAGAGCCUACCCCGACCUGGCAGCGCUCUCUGACAACUACUGGGUGGUGACCAACCGCAUCCCCCUGCCCUGGGUGUCGGGCACCUCGGCGUCCACGCCGGUGGUGGGGGGCAUGGUGGCGCUGAUCAACGACCGGCGGCUGCAGCGGGGGCUGCCCCCCCUCGGCUUCCUCAACCCCGCGCUCUACCGGCUGCAGGAGAGCGGCCACGGCGCCGCCCUCCGCGACGUGACGCAAGGCUGCCACCUGUCCUGCCUGGACGGUGCCGUGCAGGGCCAGGGCUUCUGCGCCAGCCCCGGCUGGGACCCGGUCACCGGCUGGGGCACCCCCAACUUCCCCGAGCUGCUACGGGCGCUGCUUCCGCCGUGACACAGGACACCGAGACGGACACCGGGACACGGGAC